AUGAUGCAGCGACUCGCGCUACUGCUGUUGGCAGCGACGGCGACAGGCUUUGAGCUCCUCGAAGCCAGCGCCACGCAGUGCCUUACGGUCGACAACUGUCUCUCCGUACCGUGCUACACGAGUGCAUGCGCCGACGGCUACUGUCAGUACACGCAAGUACGCAAAGGCACCAAGUGCCCGAAACAAAGUUGCUCGAACGGGUCGCCGUGCGACGACGACGACAACGACGUCUGCAACGCCCAUGGCGAGUGCCUCAACGCAUUCAAAACGUACGGCGUCAAGUGCCCGGGAAAGAGUUGCUCCAACGGCGGCGCCUGCGACGACGAUGACAACGACUUUUGUGACGCCCGCGGCGAGUGCGUGAGCGCGUUCAAACCGGCGCGCACCACGUGUCGGCCAUCCACCGGGGGGUGCGAUGUCGCCGAGACGUGCUCGGGCUCGUCGGGCACCUGCCCCCCGGACAAAUUUGCAAACAAGGGCGCGCGCUGCGCGGGUACAUCCACCGGCGGCGCAUGCGAUGGACAAGAUGUCUGUGAUGGCAACGGUCAGUGCAUCGAUAUCUAUCUGCCCUCGACCACCGUGUGCCGUAAAGCGGCGAGCACGUGCGAUGUUGCCGAGAGCUGCACCGGCAGCGCCGGCGCCUGCCCUGCCGACGCCUACGCCAGUGCACAUACACCGUGUGUGGGUGCUUUGAACAGCGGUUUCUGCGACGACCAAGACUAUUGUGACGGCAACGGCAAGUGCGUCGACAAGUUCAAGUCGUCGACCGUCGUGUGUCGUGCCGCGACUGGCGUCUGUGACGUCGCCGAGAUCGUGGCGACGUCGUGCACGGGUGCCUUCAACAUUGGGGAUUGCGACGCUGCCGACCAUUGCGACGGCAAGGGCAAGUGCGUUGACGCCUAUCUACCGUCGAGCACCAUCAAGUGUCCCGCUGACGCAUUUGCAAGUUCGAAAACCAAAUGCAAAGGCACGUGCAACGACAAUCCGUGCGACGGCGACGACUACUGCGACGGCAAUGGCGCCUGCGUCGAUGGCUACGCCGACUCGAGCGUGACGUGUUCGGGCACGAGCUCGGGCAACGUUUGCGACGGCAUCGACAGGUGCGACGGCGGUGGCAACUGUGUCGAUCGGUUCCUGAAAAACGUCGUGUGUCAAAAACCCGUCGGGUAUGCGCGCCCUACGUACUGCAACGGCAAGCAAGCAACGUGUCCCGUGGCCUAUCUCGACACCAACUUGCGCGACGCGGCACCCGAGCUCGUCGCGACCCACGAAAGGUCCGCGCCGGCCUUUCUACUCGGCCUACUCUGUGCGGCGGCGGUCGGUGUCGCCUUUGUCACGAUGCGUUCGAGCCAUGGACCAAUCGAGCACGAUGGCUACGUUGCCAUGUGA